GUGCAUAGAUUUUAAAAUAAAUCUUGUAAUUAAAAUCUAUUUAACCAGAUUAUUGUUUAUUUAGGUUUAUUUAACAGUGCUAAAUUUUCAAAGUAGGUUAAGAAUGAUAAUUAAGCUGACCGACAAUUAAUGAACGCUUCACCCUACACACUUUUUUAAACAUCUGUUUUUCGCUCAAGAUAGGACGUUCUUAUUCCUUUCCAAGAGUGAAGACUUCGCUACUGUGAAACUUGCGCAUCAUGCAAUAACAAGUUAUACCUUUGCGAAUGAAGAAAGAAAGUAGGAGUUCACGAGCUGACAACGUAAUGAAACUAGAGCGUGGUGAAAAAAAACACAUUUAUUGACCAAGCAACAAGUUUCAACGAUCUUUCAAAGAACAUAAGGACUUGUAAAAACUUGAAAUGUUUUAUUAGAGAGGCAAAAUGUUUGUCCUCGCAAUGAUUUUUUUUCUUUUUUUGGUUUCUUUUCUUUGGGCUUUCUAUGUAUGUUCGGACCCUAUCACUUUUAAAUCUUUUGUGUAUCACUACUCUGUUGUCACUACUCUGUGCCCAGUUUUCUCCGUUUUAAUCCUUUUUUAUGAUAUAAUAAAUUAUUAUGACAGGUUUGGAUUUUUUUCAUUAACUACUUGCGUCAACUAUUGAAGUUUGUUUCUUCGCGUGAUCAAAAACUUUUAUUUUGUAGAUAUUAUAUAUAUAGUGAAUUUAAAUUAUUUUACGACUAUUUUACUUUUCUUUUAUGUUUAAGUUUUGGGAGAAGAAUCAUUUGUUAAUAUAAUGGAACCCGGUUUUAUGAUUAAUAAUAAUAAUAAUAAAAAGAAGAAGAAGAAGAAGAAGAAGAAGAAGAAGAAGAAGAAGAAGAAGAAGAAGAAGAAGAAGAAGAAGAAGAAGAAGAAGAAGAAGAAGAAGAAGAAGAAGAAGAAGAAGAAGAAGAAGAAGAAGAAGAAGAAGAAGAAGAAGAAGAAGAAGAAGAAGAAGAAGAAGAAGAAGAAGAAGAAGAAGAAGAAGAAGAAGAAGAAGAAGAAGAAGAAGAAGAAGAAGAAGAAGAAGAAGGAAAAAGGAACCCCUAGUAUCGUUUCAAAAGAUUUGAAACUCGGCAAAAAUCUUAUUAAAAAAGUGCUUACUGGAGUACUGGUUAGAAAUAACAAAAAGCGUAGCAAAAUUGAGAGAACUUUUCUCAAGAAAACCAACAUACGUCCGUGAUGCAUGUGUAAAAAACUUACCACAAUAUCCAAUUUUGCGUUAUCGUCUUCAUUUUUCGCGACUAUCCACUCUCGCUUUUGGAGAGUUAUUUUCACG